AAGGUUCAAUAAAAAAGAUAGUCAUACAACCAAAGAAAAACAAAAGAGAGUCUCUUCCAAAAAUGGCAAUUAGGGUUUCCCACAAGUCUCUCCUCCUGGCACUUCUUCUCAUCUUCUUCAUUUGUUCUCCUGCUCAAGCACGAAACAUAGGAGGAAUCGUGAGGAAGAGAACACUAAUGGUAGUGGAGAAGGAUCAAGAAAAUCGGAACUCAUGGCAAUACGGAGGAGGAAAUGAUGGUGAUGGAUUGGUUGACAUGGAUUAUAAUAGUGCGAACAAGAAAAGACCGAUACAUAAUCGCAAAUAAACACAUAUGAUGACGAGCUUAUCAAUUUCUUGUGAGAUAUCCAGAGGUUCUAAGAUAUCCCGAGAUUUAUGUGAUAUAUUCAAAAGAAAUUAUUUUUAAGUAUUGAAAAAUCGUAAACUAUGUUAUAUAUAUGAACAUAAGUAUAAUCGAGGUUGUAUGCCCUACAUAUGUGUACAGCCUUGUCUCGAUAAAAAGAGUUUUAUGUAAUACUCAUAGUUUGUGUGUGUUUAUGUAUGGAUUGCAUCGUGAGUUUCUGUUUGCGAAUAAAUGUCAUCAAUACAUAUUUGUAUCUUAUGUGUA